AUGAAGCGGAAACUUCUGCUAGCUCUAUUUUUAACAGUUUUGUGUUCAAUCAGCGCACGAGCCGAGUUAGGGUCGAAUGUUUCAAAAUUCGUCGCAACCCACGAGUGGCAGGAGAUCAAAGAGGGCCAAUCGAUCCCGGAAGGAUUGCAUGUGAGGAUCAACCUGACUACGGGCAAAAAGGAGGCGAAAUUGCUCGACAACGAUGGUAGCGAAUCGUCGCUGUCUAUGGUACCGGGAGAAGAACUACAAGACCACCGGGUACGCGGUGCUAACGUUGGAGACCCAACAACCGUUGGCGGUAUGAAGUUGGAGGCACUCAAAGAAGCCCUGCGAGACAUACCAGCAAAUGAGUACGAUGACGAAAGCUCGGACGAAUCCGUCCGUGACCGGUACAAAAGUUACGAGCAGAUCAAACAGGAGCUAAAAGAAGCCAACGUGGAACUGAAAAGCGAUGGUGAAAUCAUGGCCGAUCUAUUUGAACGUUUCGGUGAAGCACUCCCGAAAGGAUCGGGCUCCGAACGACAGGAGCUGGACGCACUUUUUGAAGACCUUCAGUACCUAUCGCAUCAGAUCGACAAUGCACUGCUGUUCAUCGAUCGCGGUGGUGUGGAGAAAAUUAUCUGGCCGAGCAUAAACCGCACGGACGAUAUGCUGACACGCGUGCAGGGCCUCAAACUGCUCGGCAUCAUCGUGCAGAAUAAUCCCAAAGCAAAGGUCGCCCUGAUCGACCGAAACGGUGGCUCGAACUUGCUCACUGCACUUGGGCGCGCCACGGCAACGGAGGAAAUUUCGGCCGCCCUGUUUGCGUUCGGCGGUUUGGUGCGUAAAUUUCCAUUCGCACAAAAGCAACUGCUCACUCCACACGGCUACAGCGUGCUGUACGACGUGUGGCACAAGAAGGUCGAGCUGAAGGUAAAGGUUAAGGUGUUGCAGCUGAUCGCAGACGUACUGGACGACUACACCAAUGCGGUCGACGCCGAGCAAAAUGAUGCGAUUACGGUCGAGCAGUAUCGCUCGACGAAGCUCACCGAGGGGCUGCAGAAAACGGAGUUCUGCAAACACGCGGGGGAAUUCUUUCACCUGCAGAAAAACGCCCUAGUCCCGGAGGAUAACCUUAUCGAUGAAACGGUUAAAGCGCUAAGGGUUUGUAGCCUGUUUUGCCACGAUUCCUGGUCCCAGUGUCCGCUGUUCCGGCACGCAUUACUUGUGUUACGAAACAAUCUCGACAACCGGCUGACGGACGACGUGGAACUUGGGGAGUAUAGACGGGAAAUUCAGCGUAACAUCGACGAUUUCGUCGUAGCGCUUUACGGGCACCCAAAAGAUGAACUGUGAGCCCGUAAAUAAUGAUAAAUUACUCCAUAACACUAGAAACUAAGUAGCGUCCAAAUGUGACUGAACAAAUUAUUUAUGAGCGAAAAAAAUAUAUUACGUCCAAUGUUAAAUGUUCAAGUACAUACACUUUACUUCAUAUUAUUUUCCAUGCUCCAGAAGGAAUACUGUCUCUAUCGAAAUAACUGUGUAUACCUGAAUAUGCACGGAACUGCUAAUUGCAUACAAAUGCAAGUGUUUAAAAAUGGCACAUUAACGACCUUUUUUCCAAACAAAUUUGAAAAACAUGCCUAUAAACUAGUUUCCCUUUGGAUGAUGAAUUGUAACUGUUUGCUUACGUCACUGCAAGAGUUUAUUGUAAAAUAUACACAAAACCGGUCGUAUUAAUUUAACCAUUAACGGAUUUUUUUUACAAUAAUUCAAACUCGCUUGUGCAUACUUAUGAAAAAGUAUAAUACUACCCUGGCUUAGAAGCCUCUCUGCAAGCACUUGUUUUCUAGUUUUUGCUUGUCAUGAUUUAAUGUGGACUUUAU